AAGGUUCUCCCCGGGUCUCGGGUGACGCAGAGUGGGAACGGAGCGUGUCCCCGGAGACUCAGGUGUCCGGCUGUCGCCGCCGAGUGGGGUGUGCUGCCUCUGUGGGACCUGGUGGAGAUGCCGGCCGCUCCUGUGGGUUCCAGGAAGAAGUGCUUGGAGCCAGACGAUGAUUUAGAGGCCAGAUGUCCCAUCACAAAACGAGCUCGAAGUGGGCCCCAGCCCAAACCAUCCCCCUGCCUACUGCCUUUGAGCCCAGCCCCCACCCUACACCCUGCACCUGCUGUGGUCCCAGCCUCCCAGAUUGGGCCCUAUGUCCUCCUGGAGCCCAAGGAGGGUGGGCGGGGCUACAGGGCCUUGCACCGGCCCACAGGCGUGGAGUACACCUGCAAGGUGUACCCGGCCACUCAGGCCCAGGCUGUGAUGGAGCCCUACGCCCGGUUGCCCCGCCACCAGCAUGUGGCUUGGCCCACUGAUGUCCUGGCUGGCACCCAGCACCUCUAUGCCUUUUUCGCUCGGACCCACGGCGACAUGCAUAGCCUGGUGCGCAGCCUCCGGCGUCUUCCGGAGCCCGAGGCCGCCACACUCUUUCGCCAGAUGGCCAGUGUCCUGGCGCACUGCCACCAGCACGGGCUGGUUCUGCGGGACCUCAAGCUGAGGCGCUUUGUCUUCGCCGACCACCGGAGGACGACACUGGUGCUGGAGGACCUGGAAGAUGCAUGUGUGCUCACGGGGUCCGACGACUCGCUGUGGGACAAGCACGCGUGCCCCGCCUACGUGGGCCCUGAGAUCUUGAGCUCCCGAGCCUCCUACUCAGGCAAGGCGGCCGACGUGUGGAGCCUGGGCGUGGCGCUCUUCACCAUGCUCGCCGGCCACUACCCCUUCCAGGACUCGGCCCCAGCCCUGCUUUUUGGCAAGAUCCGCCGUGGAGCCUUUUCCCUGCCCGAGGGCCUCUCGCCUGCUGCUCGCUGCCUGGUGCGGUGCCUGCUUCGCCGGGAGCCCGCUGAGCGGCUCACUGCCCCUGGCAUCUUGUUGCACCCCUGGCUGAAGGUAGCCCCUGGUCCCUCGAUCCCACCCCGCUUCUGGGAGGAUGACCAGGUGGUCCCUGAGGGACCAGGCCUGGAGGAAGUGGAGGGAGAGUUGGGUCUGUAUGGCUAGAACUGGCCCUCUGGACCUGUAGUUGCAGACUGGAGGUGGAGCCUGGGGGUAUCCAAGCUUCCACCUGCCUUUUGGACUCAGCCCUAUCCUAAGUGCCUCCUAGGAGCUAGCAGGGGCACAGGGUGCCAUCCCGGCUCCUGUCUCGAUGCUCCAGGGUGCUGGCCCUGCCUGAGCCUGCGGACACAGCUGUGAGCCAAGGACACUGGAGUUCAGGGGUCACACUCUAUCCUGCUCUCUCCUGCUGCCAUCCAUAGGGGCGGGCCCCCCCACAAAUCACCCAGCUGCCUUUGAACUUGCUCCUGUCAGAGCACUGGAAGGUUCUCUAUGCCAAAGGUUCCAAACCGCUGGCCUGCCUCUCAGGGAAACAGCCCCGGCCACUGUGGACUCCUGAUCUUCCAGACCGGCGCCAGGUCCUCGCCAGCCCAGUUCUCAGCGGGCUCAGGCAGCGGUUGUGGGGUGUGAGGGAGCCUUGUCUGCCUUGAUGACCUGUAACCUGAACACCACGAUUGGGUGGGAGGGGCAGGGUCGGGGAGGCUCUGUCAUGGUCACCUGCGAAGUCCAGGCCUGAACGGGGGAUGCUUUUGCCCAGGACUCAGCACGCUGGGGCUGGACUCUCUGGUGUGUGCAUUUUCACUCUGUACCUAGUUUGGGAGACUUGGAAAAAUACUUUAAUGUCCCAGAGAGACUUCGCUAUCCUCCACUCAUCUCUUAGUGCCUUUAAAACUGGCCCCUAGGGGUCAGUGCUGUGACAUGGCGGGUUAAGCAGCAGCCUGUGAUGUUGG